AACUGUCCCUCCUUCCCCCUCUCCGGUUUCCCUGUUGACUCUCGAAAAAGGGGCAGACUGGGAAGCUGUCCCUCGGGCUGAGAACGCAGUGGCGAUCGCUGGCCUUGUGGGGUUUGAGUGUGGAGUGCAGAUACGAACCCGUGCCGUCUUCGCACAAGCUCGAGAAAUGCCCGGUGAAGCCACAGAAACGGUCCCUGCUACUGAGCAGGAGUUGCCACAGCCCCAGGCUGAGACAGGAUCUGGAACAGAAUCGGACAGCGAUGAGUCCGUGCCGGAGCUUGAGGAACAGGAUUCCACACAGGCAACCACACAGCAGGCCCAGCUGGCCGCAGCAGCUGAAAUCGAUGAAGAACCUGUCAGUAAGGCUAAACAGAGUCGGAGUGAAAAGAAGGCACGGAAGGCUAUGUCCAAGCUGGGCCUGCGGCAGGUUACGGGGGUCACCAGAGUCACUAUCCGGAAAUCUAAGAAUAUCCUCUUUGUCAUCACAAAACCCGACGUCUACAAGAGCCCAGCCUCAGACACCUACAUCGUUUUUGGGGAAGCCAAGAUUGAAGACUUAUCUCAGCAAGCACAACUAGCAGCAGCUGAGAAAUUUAAAGUUCAAGGUGAAGCUGUCUCCAACAUUCAGGAAAACACACAGACUCCAACUGUACAGGAGGAGAGUGAAGAGGAAGAGGUUGAUGAAACAGGUGUGGAAGUUAAGGAUAUAGAGUUGGUCAUGUCACAAGCAAAUGUUUCCAGAGCAAAGGCAGUCCGAGCCCUGAAGAACAACAGUAAUGAUAUUGUAAAUGCUAUUAUGGAAUUAACAAUGUAACCAUCUGAAAAACAAGGACUUUUUUUUGGGGGGGGGGGGGCGUGUUUCAAAGAGUAACGCAGCUUGGUCUGAAAUUUGUACUGUUUCUAUCAUUAAUAAAGUUAUGGCUUCUUGUUGGA